AUGGUGAAGGCCAGCCGCCAGGUUGGGCGAGCAAACAGAUGGCAAACGGAGGUCCGAAUUACACCUGCCGUUAGGCACAUCAAGUCCGCGUUAUUCCCAAAGUACCUAUACCAGAGGAACAACCCCGUCCGCUCAGUAGUUGGGUCGGUGACGACCAGCGAAUCCCCGUUGUUACACCUACUGCGCUUCUCGAUCAACUCUCUGACUCACCGGGAUGCCAGUCUGCAGCGACGGUUUGUCUAUGCCUCGCGAUCGGACCCCCAUGCGCAUACACGGACGGUUCCUCUUUAA